AUGGUCCCAUGGUCCCAAGUACCAGAGGACAGGGGUAAUGUGUUCUCAUGGUCCCAGGUACCAGAGGACAGGGGUAAUGUGUUCUCAUGGUCCCAGGUACCAGAGGACAGGGGUAAUGUGUUCUCAUGGUCCCAGGUACCAGAGGACAGGGGUAAUGUGUUCUCAUGGUCCCAGGUACAAGAGGACAGGGGUAAUGUGUUCUCAUGGUCCCAGGUACCAGAGGACAGGGGUAAUGUGUUCUCAUGGUCCCAGGUACAAGAGGACAGGGGUAAUGUGUUCUCAUGGUCCCAGGUACCAGAGGACAGGAGUGAUGUGGUCACAUGGUCCCAGAGGACAGGGGUGAUGUGUUUUCAUGCCCGAGGACCUCCACACUUCAAAGAGGGAGCGACGGGCCGUAUCUGCCCCAGACACGGAGCCUCGAUGCUGGGGAGAAUUCAUUUGCUGAGGCCCAGAGCCGAGGAGCUCCAGGCCACACACCUGCUGCAGACCAGAUCCUAG